AUAGGGUAUGUUGUUUUCCCUUGAUUUGCUGCCAUUUUUGUGUGCUAUCGCCUCGUGAUGUCUGCUGUUCCACAAUCGUCAGAUAACGAUGCUUGGGCAUUGUUAUCUCUGAUGAAGUCUGCACCAGCAAGUCCUAAAGGCAUACAAUGGCAGCCAGAUCCACAGAACUCAUCUAUUGCCAGAUUAGAAGGAAGAGACUUCGAAUAUUCUAUGCGAAAAAAUCGGAUCACAAUAGGGAGAAAUAGUAGCAAGGGUGAUGUCGACGUAAACAUGGGACAUUCUAGUUUUAUAUCUCGUGUUCAUCUUGAAAUUUUCUACGACCAACCGAACUUUUUCAUGAAGUGUGGUGGGAAGAAUGGCAUAUUCAUUGACGGCAUCUUUCAGAGAAAAGGCGCACCGCCUUUACAGCUUCCAAGGACGUGUGUCCUCAGAUUUCCUAGUACAAAUAUUAAGAUUGUGUUCCAGUCUUUAGUAGAAGACAAUCCCCCAACAACAGCUCCUCCCCCUCCACAGCUGGAAACCCCACCAAAGAAGAAGGCACCAUUACCUCCAUUAAAGAUCAACAUCCCAGAACCUGUUCAGCCGCCACGGUUUGAAAGUCCUUGUCCAUCUCCAACUGGGACCAUCAGUGCAGCAAAUUCUUGUCCAACAUCUCCUAGAGGAGGUACAUCAUACCGUCCUAACUUCAUAUCCGAGGCACAGAUUGCUGCCCUGAAUGCCGCUGUAACUUCAAACAGUAGUGCUAAUAGUCUUACUAACAAUAAUAGCAUUAAACACGAAGAAAAAGACAAUACCCCUAUGUUACAAAAUAGUGAAACAUCAAGUGGAGGAGGGGGAAGUCCCAAAGAUGAUUCAAAGCCUCCUUAUUCUUACGCACAGUUGAUAGUUCAAGCUAUAUCAUCAGCGCCUGAUAAACAAUUGACACUCAGUGGCAUCUAUGCUUAUAUAACAAAAAAUUAUCCUUAUUACAGAACAGCUGACAAAGGUUGGCAGAAUUCAAUUAGACAUAAUUUAUCAUUGAAUCGUUAUUUUGUCAAAGUACCUCGAUCACAGGAUGAACCCGGUAAAGGAUCAUUCUGGAGAAUAGAUCCCGCAUCAGAGGCUAAGUUAACAGCACAAGCAUUCAGAAGACGUCGCCAGAGAGGUGUGCCAUGUUUUAGAGCACCAUUUGGGGGCCUUUCCACUAGAUCUGCACCUACAUCUCCUAGUCAGAUGGGAGGUUCAUUUACACCUGACAGUAUGUCACGAGAAGGUAGCCCUAUCCCUGAACAUUCGGAGGAAAGCAUGCCUACCGCCCCAACCCAAAACUACAUCCAUCAUCAACAUCCACAGAUUAUACCUGCAAGUUCUAUUGCAGAGCUGUGUAGAAUAAGUCAGUCAGCGCCUGGAUCUCCUGCAGCUUCAAGAGUUAUGUCCCCUAUUUCAGUUACAACAAUGCAGCCAUCGGUGUCGACAGUAUCUGCUCUUCAUCAACUUCCCACAGUCAUCACUAAGCCCAAAAUCAUGGUAACAAAUGCUGCCCAGAUGGUGUUGAAUGGACCAUCCCAUACAGUGUCUAAUUCAUCUUUAACUAAUGGGGCCCAUGCAGAAAUUAAAAAAGAAAAUAGUAUGUCAGCUGUGUCUUUUGAUAAGUUUCAAGGAGUUACAGUCGGUGGUCAGACUGUUAAGCCUGUUACAUUAGUGAGAAAUUUAAUAACAAGUUUAGCCCAACAAGGCGGAAUGUCAGCAACUGGCCAGCCAUUUACAGUGUUGCCGACCAACUCGAGUCAGUCGAGUCAACCGACGGCCAUCUUGUCACAGUCUAUUAGUAGUACAUUGGCAGGGUCACAGGGCUUGACCUUGCUAUCUCAGCAAGGAGGCUUGCAGUAUGUUAAUGCCGCAGGGGCAGCUUCGCGGCACUCUGACGGGCAACAAUCACAGACUCAGUUUUUGGUGACAACAGUAGGUGGUGUUCCGUUGACACUUCCUGUUACGUCAAAACGUCCGGCAGGAGACGGUGAUAGUGCUAUGCCUAUUGAAAACAAACAGAUCAAACUGGAGGAACAAGUUGGAAAAGAAGAGCCAAAGGCAGAAUAAAACAAUUUAUUUUUACAGAAAUUUUUACUCUUUUGUCUGUUAGUUGUUAUUGGAGAGAUAUUUUUACACAUUUUAGCUCGGGUGGGUGACAAAACACAUGAAAGGCUGUUUUUGAUUGGUUAUUUAGAGAUGAUGAUUUGAUUGUUUGUUAUUCACGACCUGAUUGUUAGAGACGAUUGAAAUUGACUGUGUGUGAAUAUAUAUUUCCACUUUGUAUUAAUACAUAGCAAUACUUCUCCAAGUUUGUGUUGUCAGUUUUUUUUUUACAGAAAUUCACUGUAAAUUGUGUUUUUAUGGAUUUUAAGGGAGAUUGUUACAGUCUUGAUUGAAUAAGUCAUUUCUUCACUUCUGAAUGGACCCCAAAAAAUACAAUGGAGAAUGAGUUAUUCCCCAUUCUUGGGAUUUGCAAUUGUUCUCAGCUUUAAAGACUUAACAAUAAGUGGUUCGUAACUUCUAAUUUCUUGCAGUGCAUAAUUGUAUGUUGUAUUUGCUUUGUAAAAAAUAUAGUCUUUGUAGUCAAACCUAAGUAUAAAUUUUGGAAAUAAUUGUAGAUAAAACAAAAAUACAUAUUUUUCUUUGAUUUUUGCUUUUCAAUAUCUCUAAUAACAUUGCUGAGAACAAGAAGUUAUCCCUUGAAAGCAGAAUAACUUAUUUCUGUAUUAUUUUAUAGUUAAUUUCUGAAUUCAUGGCAUAACUUACUGAAGUACUAUUUAAACACUACAGCUAAAGAAGAUUUUUCUUUUUCAACCCACCCCAUUUGGAUUGGACACAGCGUAGUCUAACUUAACCACCCUAUGGAAUGAUGUUUAUGAUAAGCAUUUGUAUUGAUUAUUUCUACAAAAAAAAAAUGAAGUUCAGUGGGGUAUGGGGGGAAAGGCACUGAAGCUGUAGUGUAGAUAUAAUUUGUUAAAGAGCAAGAGACUCUCUAAACAUCUUUGUUUUUAAUCCUGUCAAGUAGUAAUUAUUGCCAUGUACUAAUUUUAGUUUUUCAGCAUUAACAUUCUGUACUUAUUCAAAAAAAAAUUCUCUGCCUAUAGACCAAAAGUUUUCUGGUACUUUUGGUGUCACAGGGGCAAUAUGUGAUAUGACAGUUUCAAAAAUGUGUUAGGAUCUUUUGGAAUAUAAAUAACUGUUCUUAAAAUUACAUUACUUUAACCAUGUUUGAAAUGCGCAAAUUAAAGAUGUGAUAAUGGGACAACAAAAAAUUUGAUGCUUCAAAAUUUUCACAAUUUUUAUUGGAAGAUUAUUUAUUUUGAAUAAAAAUAUCCUGUUCCCAGAUAUAUAAUAGGAUGAUGAAAAAAGCUCUUAGUUCAAUAUAUAUCAUGUUUUAUAGAUUAAAGACCCUAAAUUCACAUUUAAUCCUAUUUGACUGGAUCAUUGAUUGUUGUUUUAUUGUUAGAAAUAACUUUAAUUAUGCUAAUCUGGCAAAUGAUUUUAAGUGGUUAGACCUGGGUUCAAGGGAGAUAACUCUUUUAAUUUGUGAAACAGAAUUAAAAUUAUCUGAAACUUAAAAGCUUAGGAAAUAAUUUAUAAAAUGGGUUGAAACAAGCGUACAAGUGAUUUUUGAAGAGUUAUGUCCCCUAUGUUUACUUUUUCAUUUAUGUUUUUCGGUUUGUGCGUCUCUCCGUUAAAAAAGUUUUUGGUCAAGGUAGUUUUUGAUGAAGUUGAUGUCCAAUCAACUUGAAACUUAGUACACAUAUUCACUGUGAUAUGAUCUUUCUAAUUUUAAUGCCAAAUUAAGAGUUUUGACCCAAAUUUCACUGUCCACUGAACAUAGAAAAUGAUAGUCGAGUGGAGCUUCAAUGUACUAUGGACACAUUCUUGUUUGAUAUAUGAUUUCAUGUUGAUUUCCUCAAUGGAUAAAAUAUUGCAAAAUUCAUGUUUCUUUUACAUAUAAUGUUGGAAAAGAAAGUUUUUUGAUGGUUGACUUAGUAUUUAAUAAAGUGAAAGUGUUAUUUUGUUUUAUUAAGUAAGGGGAAAAAUUACUCACUCCUAAAAGCAUUACCCGGUAAAUGGAACAAGCAUAGUUUGUUUUUCGAAGGCAGCAUUUUGCUCAUAUAUUAAACACAUAACAUACAUGUUUAUCUACUGAUAAUAAAGAUAAAUUUUAAUGAAGUAGAAAAAAUGAUAGAAAUUAAUUUAUUGUCUGCACAAAUAUUUGUUGUUGUUGUUAACACACUGUAAGAGAAUAUUUUCUAAUGAUAUUGUUUAUCUAUGAAGUUGGCGAGCAUCUUUUAAUGUUUUGAAAGAAGUAGAGAGUUUGGUUUUGAGGAACAUUGCUUUAAUUUUAAAAAUUAAGUGGAUGUACUACAUUAAUUGAAUAUUUGACGAGAGUUUGCAUAAAAGAUGGGAAUAGUUAAAAAUGGAAAAUAGUUUUUGGACAUGAUCUGUCAAUGUGAGAAUAUGCAAGUUUAAAAGAGUACAAGAAAGGGAGAUAACUUUGGAUGUUCUGUCCACAAUACUUGAUAGGCAAAUAAAAAGAAAAAAAAUUGUAUCAUUAUACUGAAAUCAGUAUUAAGGAUGUUUGCUACUCUUGUUUUUAAUUUUUGCCAGAUUUUCGGAAUCCUCUGGUUUUAUCCAUGUAUUGCCAUUAAAAAAUUUUGCCCGCUAACCCCUACUUUUAUUUUCACAAUUUUAUUACAUAUAGUUUAACAAGCCAUAUUUGAAAAUCUUACUAAAUCCUUGUUAUUUUUUCAUAGUAUUUGAAACAAAAAAGUGGCCAAUGUUAAAACUAUGAAAAAUCUAGAGAGAAUCAUUUCCGCCAAAUUUUCAAUGGCUUAUAUCUCGAAAACAAACACAUGGACCCUUCUUUUUUUUUCUGCUUUUUUAGUUCCUUUAUUUAUAUACUAUCAUUUUAGAACAGUCUUUUAAAAAGCUUAUUAUUUUGAAACAGAGUAGCGAACAACCUUAAAAGGCAGUUCUUAUUAACUUUUUAGUAUGAAAUAUUGUUUCUAAAAAUAAGCUUCAGUACUUGGUUGAGGCAAUCUUACAAAGGCUUUCAUGUAAAGGAAGAUAUAUAUGGAUAUUUUUUUUUAACAUGUUAAGUAGCAGAAUAUUAAGUUAAGGCAUUUGAGUGGACAAAAUCUGAGAAAUUCUGCAAUGGUAACCCAAAAGAAUAGACUGCUUUACAUGUAAGGAUUAUCAUGUUAAUCAAAUGGUAUAAAAAGAUUAUACAAAGAAGAUUUGUGUUGAACUUGAAAGAAUUUGUUGUUGGAGAUGUGAUUUUAUGAUUUAAUAAUAGUGCUGAUUAUUUUCUGUGUUAAAUUGUGGAUCUACUUUUUGAUAGAUUCUCAUGAUUGUUUAAUUGCUUGUAUGUAAAAUUAAUUGUUUUUCUUUGUUGAAAAAUGCAAAUAUAGUAUCUAACUUUGUUGUGAUAAAACAUUUAAAGCUCAGUCAGUUUAUUUAUCAAAAUGAUUUGCAUUCUGGGUAAUUAAGAUUAAAGCUAUAAAGGGCUAUUUAAAUGUACAUGGUACCCAGGGAAGGCAAUUUCAUAUUGGGUAACAACCUAUAAAAACAAAUUACAAUUUGCUGUAAUUACCCCCCACCAUAGGGGAAAUUCCAUAUUGCCUUCCUUGGAUCCCCUUUAUGUUUUUUAUGGAAUUAUUCAAGCCUUGUGGCUGAAAAUUUAAGACAGUCUCUUUUUGACCGAUUAUUUAUGGCAUUGUGACUGAAGAAUUUAGGCAGUCUAAUUGUGGUGAAUUUCCUUAAAAAGAUUUUCAACAGUCACUUAUGGAAUAAGUGAAAUGCCCAGCUUUUUGUUGUUUAAUAAAUAUUUAUUAGAUUUAUUUGAAUUAUUUAAAGAUCGCCAUGUUUGAUUAGCCAAUUAUGAUCACUAAUACUAUAUUACAAUUACCUUAAUUCUUAUGUGAAUAAAUUUUAUACAGCUUGAAAAAACUAAUUUUCAAUAUUUUUCUCACAAACAUUAGUAAAAUUACUUACCCUUUUUCCUUAUUAAAGAAAUCAAUCUUUUAUACUUUAUAUGACAGUUGUUGAAACUUCAAAAAUCAUUCUACUAUUCAAGAAUAAGAUUUAAUAUUACAGCUUAAUUAUAAAUUAAAAACAAAUUGAUAAAAGAAAAUCAUCAAUAUCAAUUUAUUGUACCCCAUUUUACAUUCACACAUAAGUUCAGAUUUCAACAAAUUUCAUAAAGGUUUGAUGGAAUUAUUUGCCUUCAAACAUUACAAAUGCAUAUGUUACGAAUUUUUUCCAUAAUUUUAUAAGCUAACAAUAAAUAAUGAUAAUUAUGGAUUGAAAAUGUUCAUUGUAAUUUAUUAUUUUGUAUCGUCUUCAUUAACAUUUUUGUGGACAUUGUAAAUAGAUAUGUAGCAUUGUUGUUCUCUUUACUGGUGAACAAUCAUAAAGUUGUUCCACAUCACUGGUGAACAAUUAUAUUGUUGUUCUCAUCACUGGUGAACAAUAAUAUUGUUGUUCCAUGCCACUUGUGAACAAUUAUAUUGUUGUUCCACAUCAAUGGUGAACAAUUAUAUUGUUGUUGCACACCACUGGUGAACAAUCAUAUUGUUGUUCCAUGCCACUGGUGAACAAUUAUAUUUUGUAUCAUUGGUAUUUAAUAACUGGAUAGUAAAAAAUGGUAUGUCCCAUCAGUGGGUUGUACCACUCUGAUCAAUAAAAAAUAUUGUUUUACUGACA